AUGUCGCUAUUCCACACCUUCUUCUACUGCCACUUCCAUACAGGGUACGGGCGCGUGGAUAAGCAGCUAGUAGCGUCGUGGAAUAUGAAAGAGCAGUGUGGGGACAGGAGCACAUGCACUUGGCCGAAGGAAUCACGGAUAUGGAAGUUCACGACAAUGAACAUGUGGCCGUUCCAGAAAACUGAGUUCAGGUGCCAGUUUCGUAGUGGGUUUGGAACCACGAACGAUGACGUGAUGACAGUGUUCUCUGUCAAGGAUGGGUUUCGGAAAGAGUGCGGUGUAGGAGGGAAUGAGUGUUUUUGGGUUGCUAAGAAAGAUGGAUUCUAUCUAAGAAGGAUCGUAAAGGAUGACGAUGGUCGCAAGAAAUUUGUUGACGUCCUCAGAAGCAAAUGGGUUUGGAAAUGGUGAAUCUUCAAUCUUCUUACCCAACAUGCAUCGAUAUCUUCUUCUUUAUUUUUUAUUUUGUUUGGCAACAACAUGCAAAAUUGUGUGUUUGCAAGUGACAAAACACAACAUUAUUUGGAUUCGAGUCUUGGUCACAACCAUCAAUAUUACUUAUUCA